ACGUUCCUGCCAUUUGGGGUCGCUCAGUGUCAGGCAGUGUCACACUUGCUCUGUCUGCCGCCGUGUGCACGCACCACACUCUCUGAUACUGUCUCUCUGUCGCAGAUACACUCGUGCACCUACCCCAUCUACGCACGCCCUUGCCUGUUUAGCCCUUGCGCCGGACCCCCGCUCCAGAGCACUAGCAGCACAAUACACACAGACGCAGCCACAGAUAGCUACAGCAGUGCAGCAGGUCCAGUUGGCUCUUAUUUGUUUGAGAACAAGCCAUACACACACACCUUGCCAUGGACUCGCCACGCUCGGCAAGCAACAAACGGAACCUAGAAAGCGCAAUAUUGACCGAUGGCAUCGAACAACAGCAGCUCCAGCAGCAGCAGCUCCAGCAGCAGCAGGGGAUACACGACAGCUUUCUGGAAGACGAUGAGGAUGAGUAUGAGCAGGACUUCGGCGCCCCGUUGAAGAAGGUGGCGUCUUCCAAGUCGUCCAGCGGCUCGAAGAUGAUCGGGAAGCCGAGACCCCACGUCUGCUCGAUAUGUACAAGAGCGUUUGCUAGGCUAGAGCACUUGAAAAGGCACGAACGUUCCCACACAAACGAGAAACCGUUUCAGUGCGCCGCAUGCGGACGGUGUUUCGCAAGAAGAGACUUGGUGUUGAGGCACCAGCAGAAGUUGCACGCGUCCUUGCCCACCAACAACAGAACAAAUAUCCAGAGAAAGGGCAGGGCACAGAAGUUGUUGUCCAAGGACGGUGAGAUUGUCAGAGACUAUUUAAACGACAACAUCAACAUUGUGCGAAAUAACACCAGCGCAAAGCUACCAAUAGCCUCUUCGGCCGCUCCUGCUGCAAACUAUACGUCCACCGGAACCAAUGAUGUCUCCCCUGCAAUCAGCAACUCUACCGCAAGCAAUAACGUCUCCUCCAUCUCCCCUUUAUCCGAUAGUAGUAACUCCAACAACAGCGUCAAACCAGGACACCUCCUCAACACCACUACAAUGAAUAAAAACAAUAACAUGUACUCUCUCAGCCAGGGUCACUCUCUACUAUCGUCUACCAACCCGCUUAUGAACCAGAUGGACUUUUUCAACUCAAACAUUCUUGGCUCAAGCAUUACCAACUCGGCUGCGUACAACUCUCCGACCUCACUCAAUGGGCUGAUGUUUUCCCCAAACAUCUACACUAAUAACAAAAAUGGCAGUAACGCCAUCAACAAGGUUGACUUCAACAAGCCUUUGGGCCAUGAAAAUAUAACCCCAGAGAGUCAACAGACUAAGCGAGUAGACUCGAAAACCGAUGAUAAGUUUGACGACCUCAAUGAGGAUGAUUUAGAUUCCGACUUGGAUAGCGAAGAGCACGAGUAUGAUAAUCCACAAGCAAUGUAUGCUCACGAUCUGGCAAACUUGAAUGACAUCUCUGCAGAAGAUGAGGCAAGUUCCAAUUAUAGAAACCAAAGGCAUGCUUCUUUUAGCGCUGCAGCUUCAUCUUCGUACACCGGUUUACCGGAUAGCAAAAUACCCCACGACAAGCAAAUGGAGGAGCUGGAAAAGGAAGCUCCUCAGCAAGUCAAUUUUUCUUCACCACAGCUGUUGUUCAAGCCAAAUAGCGAGCUGGGCUAUUUAGAUCUGGAUAUUCUGGAAAAUAUCGAUUUGAAUGACUUGGGUCUGGAUUUCUCUACAUUCAAUUUCUCAAAUGACAUGAACGUGAACAAACAUAGUACUGCCCAUAAUAGUGACGAGAACGAGAAAAGGAGGGACAAAAUCAAGGAUCCCAGUGGCAAUGGUAGUAGCUCCAUAAGUGCUACUAGCGGUAACAAAGUCGGAAGCAAUGGAAGUGAAGAUAUGAGCCCUCAUGAAAUCAGCCUACAAAAGGUUUUUUCAAAUCCUCAAAAUGGCGUGGCUCUCCAGAAGGUUUUAUCACAUCCACGUUCGGGACAAGCUUUACAAAGAGUGCUUUCUCAUCCCAAUUCGGAUCUGGCACUGCAGAAAGUACUUUCACAUCCGGAACCUAACCUUGUUUUGGAAAAAGUCUUGUCACAUCCAUCAGAUACCGAUUGGUUCAACGAAUUCAUAAACGCUCCAAUUGAGACCAACUUUCCGAUGGUCUCUGAUCACAUUGGUUUUACAGAUACUCCAGAUGCCGCUGAUUCUCCACUGAGUGGAACAAACCUUACUCCAGGAAACUCACAAAAUAUUUUGACUGGCUCAAAUAUAUUACCUUCAAAUGCAAAUGACUUGAAAAAUCUUUUCCGUUCCAGGCAAAUCGAUCUUUCCAAGCAUAUUCCUCACACUUACCAAAAUCCAACCAUCCCCGGCCGCUGUUCGGAAUCUAUUAGAAGACACAUAAUGGCAAAGUAUAACUUGAAACAACAACAAUUUCCCCAAUUAGACGACCUAAACCAUUACUUGGCAUUAUAUGAACUGGAAUUUAGUGUGUAUUUCCCCUUGAUACACAUACCAUCUUUCCGAAUUGAUGAUAACUUAGAUCAAAUUCCAUUAAUGUUGUCAAUGGCUGCAAUAGGUGCGCUUUAUUCUUUCCAUGCAAGAAAUUCUUCUACUUUGUUUAACUUUUCCAGAUUUUUGAUUCACAACUUCAUGGAAGUCCAGAUGAAGUUGAACAGAUUUAAUGACAUACCUCUUCAUAUUACUCAAGCAUUAGUGCUACACAUGUUUUUGGGUAUGUUCCAUAAUGACUCUGAAAUAACAAAGUUGAUUUCGAGGCAGUUGAAUUCUCUAGUGUCAUUGGUGAAAAUAACAAAAUUAGAUAUGCCUUUAGAGAGCUUGUUAUUACCUCCUUCCAUUACUUUUGAUAUUGUCCAAUCCAACAAUUUGGACCUAAUUGAGGCUUGCUACAAGUAUUUCAUUUUAGCUCAAUCGAGAAUUAGAACGAUUCAUGUGCUACAUCACAUAACCGUUUUAUAUGGCUGCCUAACAGACGGAAAAGUCGAAAUGUCAGCAGAUAACAUAGAGUCGGGAUCUCCUUGUGCCAAUGAAGAUUUGUGGAACUGUAAAAACUUCAAUGAGUGGGUGGCGAUUUUGAAGGAGAAAAACGUUAACAUAAACUCUAAAUUCUCGCUAAUCAGGUUGAGUAACGGGCAUGCUUAUAAAGAGUUAUGGAGAGGAAUGCAGAAUCUAUCCCUGGACCAAGACAUUGGUUUGAGGGGGAUGUUAUCACUGUUAUUUACUAUCAAUGAAUAUGUUCAUACAGAAUCGAGGAAGCUGGAACACGAAGAUAAAACUGAUGGUGCUAAAUUGGCGGAAUGGAGAAUGGAGCAAAGGCCAUACAUUGAAUCCUUGAUCAAAAUAUGGGAAAGUUGUUACAUUAGAAAUGGUGGUGUUUUAGUUCCUCGUGGGCAGAAUAUCCACACUAUCAAUAGCAGUUGUGUUUUAAAAUUGACAUUACCGUUGCUAUCCUUUGCUAAAAUUAAUAAAUGCAUAUAUAUUUCCUCCGUUCUAUCUAACGUUUGGAAGAGAAAUUGGGAUGCCAUGAAUCUUGAAAUUAAGAGUUUAACGCGUGAUGUAGAGGCAUUGCGUGAUUCAGUCAAUUAUUCUCUUGAUAUUAUCAACUUAUGGAUUGAAAUCAUAAGUAUAAAUAAUGAUGCCGAGAAAACAUCAAUCAGAACACCAAUAUUUUUUCUGACUUGUCUCUUCACUUCCACCUUGUUGAUUUCUGAAUACUUAUACGUCACCGAAGUUUGGGCAAACAACUAUCUUUCAAAUAAGGAUAAAGAUGCAAAUCUAACAACUGCAGACCGUGUUUUGUGGCUACGUGCUGAAAAGAUAUUUAAGAAAAUUGAGAAAAAUUUAUUACCUCUGGGCUCAAAUAACCAUUCAUAUUCAGAGUUUUUGAGAAUCCAAGCAAAUGGUGCUUUAGAUGUUGAUAUUUUGGAUGAUGAAAUUGCAAGACUUGCUCUAGAGCCUGGCGAUUUGAGGCCAAUAGCAGAAAUUAUCAUAAGUGGAAGGCUCAGUACGAGAUGCUUAUCUUUAGGUGUCAGGAUUUUGGCAGACGCUCCUGUUUGGCCGAUUGCUUUAUUAUUUGCAGAAGCUUUGAAAGCUAGAGCCAUACACAUUCAUGACUGCACCAGUUCAUGGAGCCCAGGUCCAGCAAGCGCAUCUCUGAAGAAAUGAACAGUAUGUGUGAACUCGUACUCGUAUAUAUAUGUUAAUCAUGGAUCCUUUAUAAACAAAUAAUGCCUAUGGAUAGAAAAGUAACUUUGAUCAAAGCGUAAGCCACUUCGCCGAAU